GGUAAUCGGUUCCGGAAGGAAAAAAGAAUGGCUUUUCCUCUUUUCCUUGGAUUUGAUUUAAGUACGCAGCAGUUGAAAGCAUUAGUUAUCGACAAAGAUCUUAAAGUUAUAACAGAGGCUUCCGUGCACUUCGACAACGAUUUGCCGGAUUUUAAAACGCGGGGCGGCGUUCAUCACCACAAAGAUGAGCUCACUGUUACAGCGCCAACGUUAUUGUGGGUGAAAGCUUUUGACCUUGUUUUAAAUAGACUGAAAGACAAGGGUCUGGAAUUCGGAUCUAUCGCUUGUGUUUCUGGAACAGGACAACAACAUGGCAGUGUUUAUUGGAAAAAUGGAGUGAGAGAGACAUUGAGAAACUUGCAAAGUGGAAAAUCUCUCUAUGACCAAUUCCAGGAUUCGUUUGCUAUCAAGGACUCUCCUAUAUGGAUGGAUUCCAGUACAGGAAAACAAUGUCGAAACUUGGAAAAUGCAGUCGGUGGCCCACAAAGACUUAGUGAUAUUACAGGCUCAAGAGCUUAUGAACGCUUCACAGGAAAUCAAAUUGCCAAGAUAUACGAGUUAAAACCUGAUGCAUACAACAUGUGUGAGAGGAUUUCCCUGGUUAGCAGCUUUGCAGCAAGUCUUUUGAUUGGUGACUAUGCACCAAUUGAUUUUAGUGAUGGAUCUGGAAUGAAUCUGAUGAAUAUUCACAGUAAAACUUGGGAAGACACGUGCCUAGAGGCAUGUGCACCAAAUUUGAUUGAAAAGCUUGGUGAUUUGGUACCUUCCUAUGAAAUAAUUGGCCAUAUAUCACAGUACAUGGUGCAAGAAUAUGGAUUCAGUCCUGAUUGUAAGGUUGUGGCAUUCACCGGUGACAAUCCUGCUUCUUUAGCAGGGAUGAGACUAGAUGAAGGGGACAUUGCCUUGAGUCUGGGAACUAGCGACACGCUUAUGCUAUGUUUCAAAACUCCCAAGCCUGCCCUUGAGGGGCAUAUAUUUGUCAAUCCAAUUGAAGAAAAUGCCUACAUGGCUCUUCUCUGUUUCAAGAAUGGGUCCCUGACAAGAGAGUCUCUAAGAGACUCUUCAGCAGAUGGCUCCUGGGAAGUUUUCAAUAAAGCAUUAAAGAACACUGAUCGUGGCAAUAAAGGAAACAUUGGCAUCUAUUUUGAAGCUACAGAAAUAACACCCUUUGCUGUUGGAAUUCAUCGUUUUGAUGAAAAGGGGGAAAGAGUUGAGUCAUUUCCUAAAGAAAUAGAAGUGAGAGCACUUGUUGAGGGGCAGAUCAUGGCUAAGAGAGCUCAUGCAGAGGCCCUAGGAUACUCAUUAGGUCCUACUACACGGAUACUUGCAACUGGAGGUGCAUCAUCGAAUCUUGCCAUACUUCAAGUAGUAGCUGAUGUGUUUAAUGCUCCUGUAUUUGCCAUCCAAGAUACGGCCAAUUCAGCAUGUCUGGGAUGCGCAUAUCGCGCUAAGCAUGGCUGGGAGCGUAGUGAUGGCAAGUCUUUCAUGGAUGUAGUUAGUGGAGCACCCUCUUAUAUAAAAGUAGCAGAGCCAUUUAGUAAUGCUCAGAACAUAUACAACCCAUUGACAGCCAGGUACAAGGAGUUGGAAGACAGUACUGUGGACAAUGCCCAGCAUCAAGUGAAGAAGCCAAGGGUGUAAACCUUGUACAAUGUGCAACCUUGGUUGUCUUGAGAGAACUUUGUGUGGCUUUGAAAAGUGUUCACUGAAUACAGGAAAAUACUUGAAGAUAAGCAAAACUUUGCAUUUGACAAUCAGUUGUAAUUUAUUAAGUUGCAAUCUGGCAGCUACAAAGCAGUCUGAUGUUCUUUUUACAAUGAAUGCACACAAACCUCAGUCAUCCCAGACCUCCUAUAUAUCCUGUAAUUUAUAUAAGAUCCUAUAAAGAGCCUAUGUUUCAUGAAAUCCUUCUAUAUUUCCCAUAAAAUUUAUUAAAAUGGGAUGACUGCAGAAUGAUUAAUUUAUAUUUUUAAUGCACUUUUUAGCAUUUUUGCUGACAAAAACUAAUAAAAUUAUUUACUAUAAAUAUUCACUCACUAUUUCUUAUUAUUUGGCAAAACCAUUAAAAAUGGAUAUUAAAAUUGAUGUUAACAAUUUAAUUAUAACAGGCCUCCUGUGGUAGUAAACACCAACAAAUUGCUACUUAGGUCUCAUAUCUUAACCAAAUCUUGUUCAAGUUCGGAGAGUUUGUGUUAAGCGCAAACUGCAUUACCCAAGCCAGUUUUUACAUAUGUUUGAGUACAACUGUUUAAAGACCUUAUAGCUUGAGUCUCAUCAGGGUAAACCAAGGUGUAGCAUGUGCCUAAAAUUUUAGUCGUGACUUUCAGCUAAAAUAUUAAUUUUUUUCAGUUAAGAUUAAGGUAGUUAUAAAAUAUUAUUGUUCGCUGUUCAGAUUACUGCUAAGUUGAAUAUUUACUGCCAAACUAGAAGUAAAACCCUCAAUGAACUGAUGCAUCAGAAAAUAUUUUCUCUCUCUUUCUUCCCUUUCUUCCCUAUUGCAUGCAAGUGAAAUUUUGAGAACAGUCCAUUUCAUCUUAAAUUUUGGCUGUUUUGAAGUCACUGACAGCAGAAACAGAUUUUUUAAAAUUUUCUCCAAAUUGAAGUGGCCUUUCUGAAAACAAACUAAAUCCCAUUUAGUUACUUACCAAACCUAUCGAUGGACAAAAUAUGUGCCAAAAGAAAUUUCCAGUCUGGCCAUUGGUAGCUGAAUUUUAUAGGCAUUUACUCUUAAAAGCUUUUUUAGCUCCUAUAAAGUGCCUAUAUUUUGUGAGAAAAUGCUAUAUUUAACAAUUAUUCGCCAAAGGUGAGGUGAAUAUUGUUGAAU